AUUAUAAUGCCAAAUAGAAACAAAACCAAAAUCUGGACGGAUAUUUAAAUAUUUGUUAUCUCUUGACUACUGGCUGACCACGUCCGAAUACUAGUUUUGGAACGCACGUCUUCUUGAACUUAAAUUGAAGUAAAACUGUGGAAUGUUUCCUCUGGUGCCGAAGUUUUCUAAUCUCAUCUUCAAAUAGUGUAAUGCUAUGAUGUUUCUCCGAUGAUGCUGCCUUUAGUAGAAAGGGUUCUGUAAGCGAAAGAAUGGAUAGGAUCAGCGAUCUACCAGAUGGGAUUAUUAUCCGCAUUUUGUCUUUCCUCUCGAUAGAUGAAGCUGCUUCAACUUCGGUUCUCUCCACGAGAUGGCGUGAUAUGUUUGCCUUCACACCACAUCUCCAUUUGUCCCUUACCAAACCAAGAAAAUUCUUGCCUUUCGUUGAUCACCGACGAUAUUUCAUGGAUUUCGUGGAUCGAGUGUUGGCUGUUUCAGGCAAUUCCGCCAUAAAGAGUUUCACUCUGAAAUGUCGACUUGGUGUUGGCUCAGCUCAUACCAACCGUUGGAUAUGUAAUGUGCUGAACCGUGGUGUCUUGGAUCUUCAUCUUGACGCAAAAGCUCAAGAACCACUAAUCUUCGAGGUCUUUGCUUGCAAGACACUUGUUAAGUUGAAACUGAAUCGUUUCGAAAUUCCUAUGCUUCCUGAGGAUGCUUCUCUUCCAGCUCUUAAGAUUAUCUCUCUUCAUUUCGUUACAUUUUAUAACCUUGACGCAUUUGAAAAGCUUAUCUCUGCUUGCCCUUUACUUGAGGAGUUGAUCAUGAUUUAUAUUGCGUGGGAACUUUGGAAAUGUUCUCACAUCUUCUCCUGUCCAACCCUUAAGAGACUUACCAUUGGAUGUAUCGGUUUUAGUGUUGAGUUGGGGAGCAUGAGUUUUGAUAAUCCAAAUCUUGUCUACUUGGAAUACUCUGAUUUUGUUCAGCUUCAGUAUCCAGUUGUUAAUCUUGACUCCCUUGUUGAAGCUAAGAUAGGGCUUACAAUGAAAGAGGGAGGUCCUGAUAAUUGCGAUCCAUCGAAUCUGAUAAGGGGAUUAAGAAAUGUCGAGAUCCUCAACUUAUCAUGUCCUGAAACUGUGGAGAUUUUUGGGAUCUUCCAUGAAGCAAUGCCUAUGUUCGCAAACCUCUUACAUUUAACUAUUACAUCUGAAGUGGAUUUCUGUUCAUCUGUUUCGUCUCUACCAUCUCUGCUGAAGAAAGCUCCAAAUUUACACACUCUUGUCAUCAAGGGUAUCUUGCGCCAUGAUAAUCCUGUAUCUGAGUGCGAAUGCUUCUUAGGAUGUUCUCGUUUAUCUUCAUGUCCUGUGAAGGUCUUAGAAAUAACAGAGUACGAAGGAAGUAUCAAAGAGCUGGACCGAAUGAAGCGUUUCUUGGAGGAGUUGUCAUGUCUUGAGCUCGUUAAAGUUUGCGCCUCCGCAAAAGACGACAAAGAAAAGUUGCGGCUCUCCACGGAUUUGCUAAUGCUUUGUAGAGCUUCUUCUCAAUGUGAGAUCAAGGUCGAGUUUUCUUGA